CAGAUGAUGUGCGGGUAUGCCUAAUCCUAUUUCCUUAUCCGGGAAUCGUCAGGAUCCACGCCAUUGGCUCCCGCUGUCACAUGGAUUCUUAACUUUGUUCACUUGACAGAAAGUAGGAGGGUUCUACGAAACAGGAAAACGAGUAAAGCGAUAGAUAUAAAUUUUAGUAUAUUUUGUGUGCAAUUCAAAGAAAUUAAUGGCCAUGAGUUCCUAUUUGAUCAACUCCAACUAUGUGGACCCCAAGUUUCCACCCUGCGAGGAAUAUUCACAGAAUGACUACCUACCCAGUCACUCUCCGGACUACUACAGCGCCCAGAGGCGAGAGCCUGCUUUUCAGAAUGAGUCGAUCUACAACCAGCGGUCGGGCUGCGCCGACCCGCCUUACACAACGUGCCAGGGUCCGGGGCAGCCCACGGUGGUGAUAUCUCCACGGGGUCACGUCCUCCCCCCAGCCGGACUCUCAACCCCUCUCCCGGAGCCUAGCCACCAUUGCGACUCCGUAACUCCAAGCCCUCCACCCGCCUGUGGCCAGAAUCCCCUCAACCAAAGCCCUUCCACGGCCAGCUCUCGCAAGGAUCCCGUGGUUUACCCCUGGAUGAAAAAAGUCCACGUAAACAUCGUGAAUCCAAAUUACACAGGGGUGGGUGAGCCCAAGCGCUCGCGGACAGCCUACACGCGACAGCAAGUCCUGGAGCUGGAGAAGGAGUUCCACUACAAUCGCUAUCUGACCCGGAGACGCAGAGUGGAGAUCGCCCACACCCUGGUUCUGUCCGAGCGCCAGAUCAAAAUCUGGUUCCAGAACCGGCGGAUGAAAUGGAAGAAAGACCACAAGCUGCCCAACACAAAGAUCCGCUCCAACAGUAACUCCAACAACACAAACUCGCAAAGCAGCGGGCUCGCGUUGGGGAGUUCUCAGAACCGAACCAGCGGGCCUCCACCGAGCCUAUAGCCUCCACCCUCCCCUAACCAUCCACCACCCACCCACCAUGCACUUUGAAACCUCCGUUUCUGGAGUGGGAUACAUGGUUUCCACCAUGUUUUUACCUCCCCUCUUCAAUUCAAUUACAGGGAUAGAACAUGUUGGGGGAAAGAGAAGGGGGAGUAAAAAACGAAGAAGAGAACAUGUGUAUCUCAAAAAAUGUAGAAGGGGAGAAGAUUCAAACACAAACACUUCCAAUGAUGUGUUCACAACCUGAUCCAGUUCCCUUUUUUUAUCCCGUGCCCCUCUCCUCCUCUCUCUCUCUUUCUCUCUCCCCCUCCAUUAGAACAGAAGGCGGCAGAUACUUUUCAGAUUUGGUG